GUCGACCAAGAGGGCUAAAACCCAAAACCCCACCCACCAGAAAGGGAAGCCAAGAGAAAGAGGAGAGUUUGCAGAGGAGAAAGAUUAAACCCAGAGAGAGAGAGAGAGAGAGAGCGAGGAACAAUGAACAAGAAAGAGGUCUUCAAAUUAGCAAAGGGUUUCAGAGGAAGAGCAAAAAACUGCAUCAGAAUUGCCAGAGAAAGGGUGGAGAAAGCCCUUCAAUACUCCUACAGAGACCGCCGCAAUAAGAAGCGAGAUAUGCGGUCCCUUUGGAUUGAACGUAUCAACGCCGGCACUCGCCAACACGGGGUUAACUACGGUAACUUUAUGCAUGGUCUGAUGAAGGAGAACAUCCAACUGAACAGGAAAGUCCUGUCAGAACUUUCUAUGCAUGAACCACACAGUUUCAAGGCUUUGGUUGACAUCUCACGCACUGCAUUCCCCGGGAAUAAGAAGCCUGUGCUUGCUCCCAAAAAGGAAGGACUUGCAGUUGUCCUGUAAUCAUCUAUGUUUACCAGCAAAUGCUUUCUACCUGAUUGUGUCAUAUCAAUGUUUUGCGCUUCUCUGGCUGUUUCCUUUGGUUAACAGCUUCUUGAAAUGGAUGAAAAAGAAAAUUGGAUGUAAAUCCUUGAUCAGUAUACAAACUUUUAUCCUUUUCUGGAAGGACUCGAGCCAGAAUUUCGUGAAGUAUGAUUAGCUUCUUGAAGAGUUUGGCUAA